AUGCCUCUGUCCUCCUACCCCCUGCACUGCUGCACACUGCACGCCGCUGCUGCCGCUUCUACAGCUCAGCAGCCAUCACCCAGGCCACCACUACCCUCUACAACAUCUGUCCCAUCUUGCUCACCCAAAAUCCCAGUGCCUCAGUGGUCUGUGCGCCCCCAGCUUGCAGCAUCCUGCAGGCUGCCUCCCACCUUGUUCUACAAUGCUUGCGCCCAGCACCAAGUGGUCUCUGUGUCCCCAGAACGCUGCCUGCACCAACCUGCUUCCCACCUCAUCAUCCUUGCCCACCACUGCCCUCUACAACACCUGCCCAAGUGGUCCAUGCGCCCCACUAUCAAACCUGGUCUCAGCUAA